CUGCAUGCUAUUUGAGUAUCCCGUUCACACACUCUCCAGUUUCAUCGUAAACAACUGGACAUCUCUCUCUCUCGCUCUCUCCGUGCUGUUGCGACAUUCACUCUCGGGGGUCUUGAAAUGGUCGUUCCAUAGCUACAUAUGAUCAUUUUAAAGCUUGUUUUAUGAAUUCAUCCGACUCAAAAACGAGUUUGUGACUGACAGACAGCGGUAUUCAGACAGAAGACGAGACUGCUGUGCUGUGCGCUGGUCGAAAUAAAUAAAUAACAGCUUUCUCCAUUCUGGCUUCUGGCAGUGGACGGUGCGAGAUGCUGCGGCUGCAUUGAUAGAGUUGGUAGAAGGGAUCAACCAGAAGUGACGAGGCAGCCUCAGCCAGGGCUCAGGCUACGAAUAGGAUAAUAACCGAGCACUGAUUGCGAUAGACUGAGUGAACGUUGUUGUAUGACAGACAGCAAGAAGAUGCACUAAGGACCGGAAGAGAAAAUGCUUCGUUUGAGAGUCGAAAUAUGAACGCACAUUCCACUUUGGUUUUCUUUUAUUUGCAGUGAUAUAUUUCCGUGGAUCUGAGCGGUUUAAACAACUUUUCGUGGUCCCUUUUUCCAUGAUAACGGCAGAACCGGGCUUGGUUUACCGGGAAUUUCACCAGGAUCAUGUGGACCCCGACGGAAGAGGAGAAAAUCGGAGUUGUGAUCUGCACGUUUCGAGGGAUCGUGACGCAGGGUCUGUCUCUGGAGAUAGGAGAGACAAUUCAGAUACUGGAGAAAUGUGAAGGGUGGUACCGAGGAUUCUCCACCAGGAAGCCCACAAUCAAGGGAAUCUUCCCGACCAGCUACAUUCACUUGAAGAAGGCCAUCGUAACCAACAGAGGGCAGUAUGAGACCGUGGUACCAGUAGAAGACCCCAUAGUGACGGAGGUGACCUCCACUCUGCAGGAAUGGGCCUUGCUAUGGAAGCAGCUUUACGUGUCUCAGAUCUCUUGA